AUGCAGAAAGCUACAUAUUAUGACAACUCUGGACUGUUUGGAGGCUACAGCUAUCCCAAACCUGACUCUUACAACUAUGGCCCUUCUCACCAGUCCUACACGGGCGCCAGCAUUGAAUCUGAAUACCAAGGCCCAGUGUGCCCUAUCCAGACCUCUACUGUGCGCACUCCGAGCCUCAAAGACAGCGAGAUGACUGGGGACUGCAUGCGCCAGGGCAGUACCCAGAGCAGCAGCAGCCAGGCCAGCAGCGUGGGAGAGCCGCAGCCCCCACCACUGUCUGCUGCAUCCCCCGGUUCUAACAGCUCUACACCCAAGAAGAAAUCUCCGUCUGGAGCAUCAGGCUCCACCACACCGGCCUUAACCAAGCAGAUAUUCCCCUGGAUGAAAGAGACUCGUCAAAACUCCAAACAGAAGAGCAACAACUGUAGUGCGAGUGCAGGGGAGGUGAGUGAUGAAAAGAGCCCUCCAGGACCGGCUUCCAAGCGAGUCAGAACCGCGUACACCAGUGCUCAACUUGUGGAGCUGGAGAAGGAGUUCCAUUUUAAUCGUUACUUGUGUCGCCCUCGGAGAGUGGAAAUGGCCAAUCUGUUGAAUCUAACUGAGCGCCAAAUAAAGAUCUGGUUUCAAAACCGAAGGAUGAAAUACAAAAAGGACCAGAAAUCUAAAGGCAUGGCGCAUUCCCCUCUGGGACACUCUCCGGACAGGAGCCCUCCACUGAGUGGCCCAAAUCACAUUGGGUAUUCCGGCCAACUCCAAAAUGUGAACAGCCUCAGUUACGACGCGCCCUCACCGCCUUCCUUUGCUAAACCACAACAAAACAUGUACGGAUUGGCCGCCUACACGGCACCGUUAGGUGGAUGCAUCCCGCAGCAGAAAAGGUACCCGGGCUCUGAGUACGAACACCACGGCUUGCAGACCAAUAGUUUUGCCAAUGCAAAUUUACAAGGAAGCCCAGUUUAUGUGGGUGGGAACUUUGUUGAUUCCAUGCCAGCCUCGGGCCCCAUGUUCAACCUCGGUCAUCUUCCUCACCCGUCAUCCACCAGUGUGGACUACAGCUGCGCGGCGCAGAUCCCAGGAAACCACCACCACGGACCCUGUGAUCCCCACCCCACGUACACAGACCUCACGUCUCACCAGGCGUCUCAGGGAAGGAUUCAGGAAGCGCCUAAACUCACACAUUUGUAA